CCCGGGCCAUGAGCCUGCAGACGUUGGUGCUGACCUCGAUCAAGGGUACCCCCCUGUACAUGUCCCCGGAGCUGGUGGAGGAGAAGCCUUACGAUCACACUUCCGACCUGUGGUCCCUGGGCUGCAUUCUGUACGAACUCUACGUGGGCACUCCUCCCUUCUACACCAACAGCAUCUUCCAGCUGGUCAGCAUCAUCAUCAAGGACCCUGUUAAAUGGCCAAAAGGCAUCAGCCCCCACUUCAAGUGUUUCCUGCAGGGUCUGUUAACCAAGGAUCCCAGGCAGAGACUGUCCUGGCCAGCACUGCUGUACCAUCCCUUUGUGGCUGACCGCAUCAACGUUGUGGAUGACAGCCGGGACUGUGGGAUCGAGAAGCCGUUCACCAUCCAGGCCAGUCCCGAAACGCAAGCCCUGAAGGAGCAGCAAGCCAAGGAACUGGCUCCCAGAUCGGGACACUCCAAAAUUCUGCGCAAGGCCAGAGAGAAGAUGCUGGAGGAAUCCAAGCAGAAGCAUUCUGCCCGACCAGGGCUACCCGCUGGCCAGGCCCAGGCUGACCCGACGGGCGAACCCAGGUCAAAGCAGCCCCUCUCUACCCCGGAGCGGGCAGCCCGGCCCAGCCAGGAAGCAGGAGCGGACGGGAGCCCAGGGGCCAGCAGCGCAGCCGAGAGGGAGAAAGACCAAUGCCGGCCUCCGACACCAGGGCUUCACCACAUCACUCAGGAUUAUGAGCAGGAAUUCCCUGAGGUGCAAGUUGGACCGAGACUUCUGAGGAGGAGGAGGAGGAGGAGCCACAACAUGGAGAACGUGGAUCUGGAUAAUGAGGAGAUGGACAGUGAUGAGGAGUGGCAGCAGCUCAUCGAGGUGACUGACCCUUCAGCCCUUCAGCUCAGCACUCCGCUGACCCUCCUGAGGGACCAGAGCUUCCAGCAGCGGGUGCAGGCCAGGCUUGGGGAUUCUAGCACCCAG